AGCCUCUGAAAAAUUGCUUGCAAGUAUCAUCUCCACCUAAGAGAUUUUUCAUUUUCAAGCUUAGGAAAAAACACUGGAGAAUUAUGAAAAUCACAUUUUUCUUUGCUGCAUUGUUCUUACUGGAUUUCUUCACUUUCAUUCAUGCUAAUCUGCAAUAUCCCUUGCCUGACACAGAAGAUGCAAAGUUCAUUGAAGAUUGUGUGAGAACUCACAACACAUUUCGAUCCAAAGUGAAUCCACCAGCCAGCAAUAUGUUUCGCAUGUCCUGGGAUGCUGCUUUAGCUAAGAGUGCCAAAGCAUGGGCAAAGAAGUGCAAGUUUAACCAUAAUACACACCUUGACAUGCCAGGAAAAAUGCAUCCCACCUUCCCAUUUGUUGGAGAAAACAUCUGGACUGGUACAGCCCGCAUCUUCUCUGUGGAUGCAGCUCUCAGGUCCUGGUUUAAUGAAGUCAGCAGCUAUGAUUUCAGCACAAAUACAUGUACUGACAAGUGUGGUCACUACACUCAGGUUAUCUGGGCAGAGAGCUACAAAGUUGGCUGCGCAGUUCACUUCUGCAAUACAGUUGAAAAUUUUCCAGGACUGUUCAAGGCAGCGCAUUUUGUUUGUAACUAUGGGCCAGCGGGGAAUUACCCAAGAAAACCAUAUAAAGAAGGACAGCCAUGCAGUAGAUGCAGUAAUGACAAGUGUGUAGACAAGCUCUGUGAAAAUACGAAACGUGAGAAGCUGAUAAGUUAUGCCAACUGGUAUCCGGACUGGGAUACACAGCCGCAGCCACCGCGGCCCCGGCCCCCCAGGCCUCCUGUGCCAUCAGACGUUCCACCUGCUGAGCAUCCACAGCUUUCUUGUGACCAAUACUGCCUUAGUGUUUUAAUUUUAAGGCCACUGUUUCUCGUAUUGAGUGCUGGUGCUGUACUUCUAGUACAACAGAAAUUUCCACACACUUUUUUUUAUAAGUAAUGAUCAAUUAAGAUACUGAUUGUGAUCCUACCACUGUAUUACUCUCACACAAUUGGCACACAUUUAAAAAAACAUUUGGUCAUCUCUCAUUAUCCAGCAUAGGAAAGGCUUCUUCUUCACUCAAGGCAAGAUAUAAGUGGCUGUGAAUAGAGGUAGUAUAAUUUAUUGGAAGUAGCUGAAACAUGCUCCUAUGUUUGUACAAGCCUCUUAGCUCUAGGGGUAGGUUGCUAGAGGGACCACAGAUACUAGAUAUUAUUCCAUGUGCUAACAAUCCUCCUGGAAGCCUGGGGCUUCACAAAGACAUGUCUGAAGUGGCACACUGUAUCCAAAAGAAGCAAUAAUUCAUCUUCAUUAUCCUUCAGUUAUCCCAGACACAAUUUUCCCCAGAUAAUGGAGAUUUAACUGUAUAUAUUACUUUUU